GAUCUUCUUUGUCUAUGUAAAAAAAAUGACAGAUCAUCAAACCACGGGAUUGGGGAUGUGAUUAUUUAUUUUGUUGAAUUUCUGUGAUAACAGGCUGGAUAUUCUUGCAAAUUUUUAAGUAACAGAGUGAUGGCUGAGACGAGCGAGGCACAGGCGAGUGCGUCGGCGUCGGCCCCAGGGGGCGACGCCGGAGGAGAGGACGACAAACAUGACGAGCGAAUGCUUGAGUGUAACAUCUGCUUGGAUACAGCUAGAGACGCUGUGGUCAGCAUGUGUGGACACUUAUUUUGCUGGCCGUGCCUGCACCAGUGGCUGGAGACGCGGCCCAGCCGCCAGGUGUGCCCCGUGUGCAAGGCCGCCAUCAGCCGCGACAAGGUCAUCCCGCUCUACGGCCGCGGGAACACCAAGCAGGAGGACCCCAGGAAUAAGGUGCCUCCUCGGCCCGCGGGGCAACGCACGGAGCCCGAGAACAACAGCGGCUUCCCGGGCUUCGGCUUCGGCGACGGCUUCCACAUGUCCUUCGGCAUCGGCGCCUUCCCCUUCGGCGUCUUCACGUCUACCUUCAACUUCGGCGACCCGCGGCCUAGUGCAGCACCGCGCGGCACGGCGCAGUACGAGGAGGAGCAGUUCCUGUCGAAGAUAUUCCUGUGGGUGGCCAUCGUGUUCGUGCUGUGGCUGGUGUUCGCAUGACCGCCCGCCGUCGACGUGGCGGCCGAGUGAUACUGACCCGAGCGGCCAUUCGCUCACUUUAAUGCCUACAAGGACAUCAGUAUCUGAUGACACACUCUAUGAAACAAUGUUGAUCGGACAGUGCAUUAGUGCCAACCUUUUCAGUCUUGAGGAUUUGUAAAAGUUAUGGUGUUGAAGACCCUUUCAAAUUAGAAUCCCUUUAAUCUUUAGUAUGCCAGUAAAUACGUUGUAAAUAGAAUGAACGUUUAAGUCCACUUGGGCGCUAAUGAAGAAAGCCAUUAGAUACUGUAUGUAUUUAGUUGCCUCUGGCUCGGUCGUUUACUGUGAGAGCGAAGGCGUACUGCUUUCGCGACUUGUUACUAAUUAAUUCUCAGAUUAGAUUAUGCUUGCAUAGUGGCAUACGAAAGAUUAAAAAGUUGUACAAUUUAUAAACAUAAAAUAUACAUAUUAUAAGUGUAACUAACAGGACUUAUAACCUUGGUAGGCAUUAAUUUAAAUGGAUAUUUGCUGUAUAAUGUACCUUUAACUGGCUACGUCUGCUUAGUCAAAUUAGGAGCCGCUGCGGCCACGUGUUUUACUGAUGAAGUUGUAACGAUUCCCCAGAAUAGGUUAAAUUACUCAAACAGGUUUCCUAUUUGAGUAAUUUGUUAUAGAAACAAAUAAUGAACUUAGUUAUUCGAUUUUUAACGGUCACGCACUGUAUAAAAGAUUAGUCACUAAGUCAUAUUUGUAGAUUGUUGCCUAAACCUGUACACAAUAUAUAUUUUAAUAUAAAACAGAUCAAGUGGGAACGAAGUGUAUAAUAUUAAAUAAAUCAUUUAUCAAAAUUUACCUAAUAUGAAUUUGCAAUGAUGAGGAGUCAAGUGUAAAUCUAUUAAGUCUCACCGUACGAGUGCUUCUCAUGUCAGCAGCAUUGAAUAUAUUUAUCAGCGGUAGCUUUGCACGUAAACGCGAGCCUACUUUUGCGUAAAAUACAUUAUUUCCUAAAUCAUAGUUGAAAAUUUCUUAAAUCUAAGGCAGCUCUUACAGUCAACCUAAUUGUGGUGAUGUAUGAAGUUACACUCGGCAAAUGUCUUAUAAUAUCAAAUAGAUUUUUUGCUAAGUGACCUAUGACUCAUAGGUGACCUAGCGAAUUAAUCUCACAGGUUAUGAGAUUGACUGUAGAGCGGCAAAAUAUACACGUUGAAUUGCUAAUGUUAGAAUGUAUAAUCUAUAGUUAUAUAAAGCUCGUUUUGUUAUAAGGUUUGAAAAGUCGUAAUAUGACUUUGGAUGGAAUAUUGAUGGAUAAAAAGGUAUGAACAUGCAUUUACCUUGAAACGGUUCACAAGUGACUAGUCCUUUGCUGGUUUUCGCGGUAUCUUUACUAUCUACUUGAAGCUUAUUUGAAUUCAAAAAUAGUUUUAAUAUCCUAAUUUUUUAAUGAUUAGUAAAUGAAACAGGCAGGUAUCGCAAAAGUCUACUCUCUCUUUUCAUUUACUAAGCAACAAUUAAGAAAUUCUAUUUCAUGCAUUAGGGAACCCAUAUUCCAAUCCCGGAAAUCAUUCGGGCCUAAAAUGUCUGCAAAUAGUGAAGGGCUAUUCCAAUUUCACCUCGCAGCCGCCCCGGUUAAUGCUGACUGCUAUCUAUAAUCCCCAUCACGAAAUUAUACACAUCGAUCUUUAUUUACAUUUGAAGGAUGUUGGAUUUGCAAGAGUUUAACUAUUUGUAACUAAAUAUUGAUAUAAUGGUGAUGGAAGACUUCAUGGCGAGGGAUAAAGGGACUUUUGAUACUCGAUUCUGGUAUAAUGGCUUGAACGUUUUGUUGAAUAAGGCAACGCUCUGGAAAAGCUCUUUCUAUCGGUCACUUCUACAGCCCACAAAUAAAAGGAAGGACACUUUGAUAUUUAGAGAAACAGAAUUGUUGUGCAAGUGAGCAUGAUACUCGAUGUGUAUAAUUUCAAUGGCGUUUCCUUCUUUCUAAGUUCGGCGGUGUUUAGAGCGGUUGACAGGUGUGCUACUAUUGUAUAAUGUUAUAGCUAUUCCAAAUGAAUUGGCGUAUGGAAACUCAUAAGAACAUACUAUAAAUUGGUAGAUAAGUUUUAUGUUAAUAUUUCUGUAAAAAUAAGUGUAUAUAUUUGAAUAAUUUCAAGAAGGAUAUGUUGUGAUGGGAUGGAAAGUUGUUUUAAAUUAUAAAAAUAAAUAUAUAUUAAUGCUACAAAA